UAAAUCAGCUGAGAAUACGAUUUCUUAUGUAUUUAGGUGUCUUUUUAGAUUUUAUUAUUAGAAAACUUCAUGUGGGUUGCAGAAAAUCCUUUGAGAUUAACGACUUCUAUUGGAGGAAUGAAUAAUACUAAGCUAAAAUAUUUUAUAUUGACUGGUGACCCUGGAGUAGGAAAAACUACUAUAAUAAAAAGGAUAUGUAAAUCUUUACAGUGUAAAGGUGUCAAAUUGUCAGGUUUUUAUACUGAGGAAGUUAGAACAAAUAGAAUUAGGGAAGGAUUUGAUGUGAUUUCCCUAAAUGGAGUAAAGGGUCGACUAGCAAGAGACCAGAGAUUACUUAGUACACCAGCAAAAUGUAAAGUUGGGAAAUAUGAUGUUCUAAUUCAAGAGUUUGAAAACAUUGCACUCCCUACUUUGCAAAAGGGUGAAGAUUGUAAAUCAUGUCUUGUGAUAGAUGAGAUAGGAAAAAUGGAAUUCUACAGUAUCCCAUUUAAGAACACAGUAAAAGAAAUAUUUACCAGCAAUUUAAACAAUAUUGUUAUUGCUACAAUACCAAUAAGGAAGAGUGAUCCUCUUAUAGAAUUAAUAAGAAACCAUAAUGAUGCUAAAGUUUGGGUGGUCACAAGAGGCAAUAGAAAUACAAUAUAUGAAGAUAUAGUCCAAGAAAUAUUUUGUAACAUUUUAUCAAAUUAAAUUGACAAAUAAAAUUACCAAGAACAUGAUACUAUUUUAACUUAACAUAAUGUAAUUCAC